AUGGUGUUCCUGCUGGGAUUGUUGACCCGCGCAUCAUGGAUGAUUGCGCGUUACGCAGUCGGGACCACCUUGGCAACGACUGCUUGUAGGAUGUUAGUUGAGGGUGUAACUGCUGGCUGCGGAUGCGAAGCACCAACGGUCGUCAAAGAUCGGACCACGGUUUAUGUGAGUGGGCAGUUAGUACCAACUCAAGGUGCAGGUUGCGGCAUAUAUUGGGGACCGGGAGACGAAAAAAAUGUUGCGAAGUGCCUCACUGGAGUGUACACGAACCUAGCGGUUGCGAUCACGGCAGCUACUUUGGUCAUGAAACAAGCGGUGAGUGCCGGAAUUUCGAGAAUUUGCAUUGUGACGGACUGUGAAGAGUUGGUCGAAUACGCGACUGGGAAGCGGGACUUACAGCAGCUGGAAGAUGGGAGGUUCCGCGGGUUGAUUAUGAAAGUACUCCACAUGCUAAACAAUGCCAAGCUUGACGUUAUUUGGCGCCGAGGGGAAGGUCACCUGAGCAACGAGGAUGAAAAAGAGGCGUACCGCUUGUCCAAACAGGGCGCCAACCUGUUGCUGGAAAGAAAUAUCAAUCUGAAUUAA